GUUUCUGUAAGAGAAAGCAUCACGCACUCGCAACCAUCAUCUUGUCAAGUACUUGAAAUCAACAUGGUACACAUCCUCCUCACGGGUGCCGCCGGCUAUAUCGGCGGAACUAUCCUCGCAGAUCUCUUGGCCCGUCAAGACGGGCCCGUGAAGGCCGCAAGACUCUUUGCUGCAGUUCGCACGCAGGAGCAAGUCGAACUCCUGUCGAAGCUCGCAGGCGUAUCUGUAGCCCAGGUCGACCUGCUGAGAAAAGACGCUGUGGAAGACUAUGUACAUCGUAACGAGAUUGACUUCAUCGUGAACCUGGCGCCAUCUUUCGACCUAAUCGUUGUAUCGAACCUCCUCGGCGCCCUUGGAAAGCGCCGCCAAGACGGAGCGAAUGACUUACGCUUGGUCAAUAGCUCGGUAACCGCAGCCUUCUCAAAGGAAAACGGCUGGCCGUUCGGUGAGAUAAGUGACACAGGGCCAGUCAUUGCCAAAGAGAGAGAAAUUGGAGACCAGCAUCCUGUUCGAGUGGUUCGUCUCAAAAUCCUGCAGACGAAUGUCGAUCCUCCUAAAGCUAACAUAGAAGCAAGGCAGACAUCAUGGUUGCUGAAAAGGGGAAGGAACUGGGAGUCAAGACGUAUAUUGUCGUCAUCCCAAACGUGUGUAAAUGGGAGAGGUACUGGCCAAGGUAGAAAGCAAUCGGUCAGCAUCCCUACGUAUGUUAGGGUUAGUAUCAGGAACCAGAUUGUCAACAAGUUUGACCAAGACGGGCAUCCUGCGGCCGCUCACGUCACUGACCUUGCAGCUCUUUACGUUUUGCUGAUCGAAAAGAUCUUGCAAGGAGAUCCGAUCCCGAGCGACGAAGUGGGUAUUUACUUCGGCGUUGCGUACACAAUGUCUUGGUGGAAGGUCAUGUCAGCCAUUGCCAGAGCUCUUCACUCUCGUGGGCUAGUAAAAGACCUGGAGCCACAGUUUUGGCCGAGUUAUGAUACGGCAGCGGAUGAGCUGGGAUGGCCACGAGCAUACAUUCGAGGCAUGGGAGCCUCCAGCCCACAACUCAUUCCACGCAAUGCGGACAAGAUUGGUUGGAAACCCGAGUGGGAUGAGAGUAGAUUUAUGGAGAGCAUAGACGAUGAGGUUCAGGAUGCUCUGGAUCUAGACACUGGCACCACAUCUCUCUACGAUAGUGUACAGGCUUCCAAGUCUUGAGGACCGUGUUUCGUUUCUGGUAGUCAAGAAGACAAAUCCACUGACAUAUGCACUCGACUGUGGACGGGUCCAAUUCCCAGUAAAUAUGUUGUUUCUGACAAAAGGAAUUGAAAGAAUAUAUACUUUGGC